GAAUGAGUUAUGAAAGGGUGGUGCUCAUGAUUCACUCGAUGAGAGCGCGCGUUCACCUGCCGGACCGGAACCCACUAGUCCACGACUCACUUGCCAAAAAUCCUAUUUUCUUUUACUUUUUAACGCACAAGCACAAACAGGAGGAGCAGGAGCUAAUGAGCUAUAUAUAUUUUAAUUGAAACAUCAGAGCGACCUUGGAUUGGAAGCGAUUCUCUGGACAGUCUGUCAGUCUUCUCCAUCGUCUUCUGCUCCUUCAAAUAACAUCCUCUCCUUCGUGCUCAAACAAUCUUCACCGUCUCUCUUGGGAAAAUUCUUUCGAAUGGCUGACGACUUCUCGAAAUCCGUCGAAGAAGGUUUUAGGCUCUCAAAACGGCUCUACUAUGGGAAACACCAUCCGGUCUUGCCUCCGCUUCCGGCGGCGAUGAAGAAGUCCCGGCGAACACAUCUUCCCACGGCACCGAUGGUGUAUGCGGUGAUUUCUGAUCCCGCAGUCGUCGAUAACCCGGACAUUCCAAGCUACCAGCCUUACGUGCACGGGCUAUGCGAUCCGCCGGCUUUGAUUCCGCUUCAGAUGAACGAUAUUGCGGUUCAAGUGGACUGUUACUUGGAUACUGCGCUUGUUAGUGUUAGCGGGUCGUGGCGUGUUCACUGUGUUAUGGGAAGUCGGAGCUGUAGCUGCCGCAUUGCAGUCCCCAUGGGCGAGCAGGGUUCAAUUCUAGGUGUUGAAGUUGAUGUUACUACAAAAUCAUAUGGCACUCGAUUGAUUACGAUAGAAGAAAAGGCAGACAUUUUAAAAGUAGCCAAAGCAAAGGAUGGAGGGUUUUUGAAACCCCACAUUUUUACCUUAACAAUUCCGGAGGUUAAUGGAGGGACCAAUCUGUCUGUUAAAGUCGUUUGGUCUCAAAAGUUAUCAUACAAAUGUGGUCAGUUUUUGCUUCAUGUACCGUUCAGCUUUCCAGAGUAUGUCAAUCCUGCUGGAAUGAAACUUCCCAAAAGAGAAAAGAUAGAGUUGAAUGUGAACGCUGGUACUGGGGCAGAAGUCUUGUGCAAGAAAACUAGCCAUCCUUUAAAGGAAAUAAGGCGCCAAGCAGGGAAAUUGGGUUUCUCAUAUGAAACAAAUGUGCUUACAUGGUCAAGUGCGGACUUUAUUUUUUCAUAUGAGGUCUGUUCAAGUGAUAUACAUGGUUCCUUGUUCCUGCAAUCUCCAUCCAUACAUGAUUUUGAUCAAAGAGAGAUGUUCUGCCUUUAUCUUUUCCCAGGAAAUAACAAGAAUAGAAAGGUUUUCAGAAAGGGGGUUGUAUUUGUUGUUGAUAUUAGUGCAAGCAUGUUGGGAAGGUCCCUUGAGAGUGUGAAAAAUGGACUAUGUGCAGCACUCUACCAGCUCACCCCAGAAGACACUUUUAACAUCAUAGCUUUCAAUGGAGAGACGUAUUUAUUCUCAUCUUCACUGGAAAGAGCAACAAAAGAAACAAUUGAAAAUGCUUCUCAGUGGAUCAGUAUAAACUUUGUUUCGAGGGGUGGAACAAACCUUCUGCUUCCCUUAAAUCAGGCAGUUGAUAUGUUAUCCAACACUUUUGAUUUGUUUCCUAUGAUUUUCCUCAUUACUGAUGGGUCUGUUGAGGAUGAAAGAAACAUAUGUGAGCUUAUGAAAGCCAAACUGMCAAGUAGAGAAUCCAUAUCACCACGCAUUUCCACAUUUGGUAUAGGUCUGUACUGUAAUCAUUACUUUUUGCAAAUGCUUGCACUAAUUGGCCGGGGUCAUUAUGGUGCUGCAUAUGAUGUAGAUUCAAUUGAACUUCAACUACAAAAACUACUCACCACAGCAUCAUCUCCCAUUCUUUCAAAUGUUAUCAUCGAUGCUUUGGAGAAUCUUGACACACUUGAGGUAUAUCCAUAUCAUCUUCCRGACCUUUUAUCUGGAAGCCCAUUGACUGUGUCAGGCAGAUACAAAGGGAACUUUCCUGACACUGUUACACUUGGAGGUAUUUUGGGAGACAUGAGCAACUUAACAAUAGAUUUGAAGGUGCAAAAAGCAAAGGGCAUCCCUCUUGACAAAGUCUUUGCAAAGCAACAAAUUGGUAUGCUCACAGCCCAAGCAUGGUUUUCAGAAAGUAAACCUCUUGAAGAUAAGGUUGCUAAAAUGAGCUUACAAACUGGCAUUCCAUCUGAGUAUACAUGUAUGGUUUUACUUCAGACAGAAAGAGGGAAACAUACAUCUGAACCACUUGGGACAGGAGAGGUUUGGUACAAAAUCGACCUUGCAAAGCUCAUGGCCUCUAAAGACUGCAAGAUAAAUCUCUUGCCAAGCUUUGGAAUAGGCUUUGGAAACUUGGCUGCAACUGCGGACAACAUUCCUCCUGGAUCUGCUGAAGUCUCCUUGGAACCUGUAGAUAUUCUUGUGAAGGCAGCUUCGAACUGUUGUGACAUAUUAUCUAAUAAUUGUUGUUGCCUUUUCUGCAUUCAGACUUGUUCCCGGUUAAAUGAUCAAUGUGCAAUUAUUCUUUCUCAGCUUUGUACGGCCUUAUCUUGUUUUGGCUGUAUAGAAUGUUGUUCAGAUGUCUGUUGUUCAUGACUUCAUGUAUAUGACAAUAAAAACUUAGCAUUAUUUGGCUUCCAAAUAUGUUUUAUAAUAUAUUUAUCCCCAUUAACCCCAUUUAGUAGAGUCUCUCUCUCUCUCUCUCUCCUUCUCUCCAUUCAAGGCAGGUUCGUUGCUUGAUUGGAACAGCCAUUUGAGAACUAUGUCAAAUCCCGCCUGCAUCUGUGUAACCACAUGGAGCAUAAAAAGAAGCAUAGCUCUUCUAUGCUGGCCACUAAGUUGCUCGUAAGGGUGUCCAUUGGACUGGAUUUCGUCCAAUCCGAUCCAGCCCAUUGUGAGUCCACUACAAAUGAACCAGGUCCAAUUCAAUGUCUGGACUGUUUAAUCUGGU